AACCAACAAACUCAAACACCAGGCACGACUCAGAUACCCCUUCGUCUUCACACCUUACAGCGAUUCCCGUGGCCGUUAUCAAAGCAGCAGCAGCCGCAACCAUUAUCCCUCACCCCCCCCCACGCACCCCCGCCUGACCUCAGCAAACGUGCACUCCCGUCACAUAAACAUACAAGAAAAAAGACCCGGGUGUUCUCCUAACAACCCAUGAAGUCCUCACCCACCGUCUCCCUACUGCUCACGAACCUACGGCUGCUGGACUAUGAUGGAGAAGCUGAAGACUCAUUCCCUGUCACCCCCGACGUUUUUACUUCGUUGAAGAACAAAGGGAAAGCUUUUGAGCACAUUGUUUACCACCUCUUUUCUUCCUUUGACCCUGAGGAAUGUGCAAUUAGACUUGAGGGUUGCUGGCCGAUUUACGAACCCGCGCAAUCGAGGGAAUUUCGGAAUGUAGUGUUUAAAUGGCUCACUGACCUCAAAAGGGCUGGCCAGUUAGGGAAUAUCCUAGUCAGGAAGACUUUAAUGGACGAUUGCUCCGGAGAACGCUAUGAAGAGUUGUUGUUGGCAUUGUCUACAACGGUGUUGAAGGAUCGCAUCGAAAACGGAUUUUUCAAAGAUGUCGCUCAGGGGACAUAUGCAUAUAACCAGACCUCCUCCCCUGCACCACGGGACCUGAAAGUCUUAACACUUGCUCAUCAAGCGUCAUUGAGCCAACUACUUCACGCCCGUCGCCUUUCCAAAGCUCAAUGGGCAUCCUUUUCUGCGUUCCUAGAUACCAAGGAAACAGAGAUUUCGGCGCUCUCUCAGUCCCUUAUACGAUCAAGCGCAGAAGACACACAGAAGUCACUUCCCCGGGGGUACGAGGAGGAUGUACUCAGAAAGUGGAGAAACAAUUGGCUCGGGGAUCAACGGUGGCUUGAUAUAUUACUCCAGGGGGACCCUGAGUUCACUCGGGAACAGUUUUUCGAGCUGCCGUUUGAGAAGGCACUGACGAAGCAUGAGCACUUCAAGAGCGGACCUGUGAGUGCGAGGAGUGGAGAGAUCAGCUUAAGGGCGCUGGAACAACAGAUUCAAGAUCAAAAAAGGAAGUUGGGGGAGCUUCGGCAGCUACGGCAGGACCACAUAGAGACUAUCCCUCAUGCUAACCCACAACCGACCCCAAAAGCUGUUUCGGCUGAGGGUACAGAGACUAAGAAACAAUUGAAGGUUGCAUUCAGUCGACACCAACUCCUACAUAGUGGUCAGUUGGAGAUUACAAGAGAUUGCCUCACAGGUGAGAGAAACGAGUACACCGAACUGUUGGCAUCAUUACGCGAUGACCUUGCUGCGGCUAGCGCUCCUAGAGUGCGUCGUGAAACUGAGAAAGCACUGGAAUACCGUUUUAGGACAGCUAGCGAACCGGAAGAGGGUCUUGGUAUGGACGAAGCCCAAGGGGAAGAGCAAACAGAGCUAUCCGACCAGGUAAAGAGAGAAGAACAGCUGUCGGAACCGGAAAAUUAUAGGUCCGAAGAUUUGUCGAUCUGCUCCGCCCACCCAGGGUACGAAUACAAGGACACCUCGCCGCCUCUACAAGAAUACAACCCACGCCGAAAACCACCAAUGAAAGUUUCCCAACGGAUUCAUGAAUACGAGCCGCACCAAACAAACUCUACUGAUGCCUCGGAUGAAGAUGAGCACCUCAGCAGUUUAGAAGCCUCAGUAAUAUCACUAACCCCACGUGCGCCCCGCCAACGCAAUGCUAUGUCUGUAUCGCCGGAGCCAAGCAUGCCUAAAAAAUCGAUUGGCCGAUUUUCCCUUGGGUCUGGGGACGAUGAACUUCUGGCUGAGCAGAUUGUAUCAACAGUGGCGGGAGCUACCUAUUCUCCAGAAAAGCCGUCACCAGUUAAGCGUGACCAACAUCACAAUUCUUACGAACUACCUCGGAUGGGCUCGCCAACCUCUUCAUUAGAUGAAUCAUUUGACGUAGAUGAGAGCGAAAUGCUAGAUAUUGCCCAGUCGCCAGGGAGCAACCGUUUCCCCAACAGGCCCCCGUCCCUUAGCCCGCCAGAUAAUCGCAACCUGUCCACGCCAAUGCAGAGCCCCUCGGCCACAACACCAAAAGAGGAUCUGCUGAUGUUGGAGGAUUACAAUUCAGUAUUCAAAUCACGGCCUAAGGUUGCACUGUCGCCGACCUUCACUCCAUCUGCCGGGACGCCAGAGCGACCACCGGGCCUCUCUUUGAUGUCUGGGGUAGAAGGCACACCCUCGGCCGGAUACUCGGAGGACGAAAGUGAAGAUGGCAACGACUACAUAUCAUCACCGUUGAAUCUAAAAAGUGAGAGGUGGAGGAGGAUGUAA